AUGACUUCAGUGCCUGUUGGUAAAGACCGUCAACUCCUCAGUGCUGUUUGCAGUGACGACUCGACGCAAGAGGAAGUCAAGAAAGAACUUCGCAAGGUGGCUGACUAUAGUAAGAUUAAAGGAUUCAUCCCAACUCGACAGGCGCAGAAUUCGCACGAUUCUCCUCGCGUUGUGAGAGGUGCGAAGAUCAACCUUAAGCGAGAGACUACACCCCAAGAGGAGAACAAAACUCGAGAGACUGAUAAACUGGUCGAUCCGCUCCAGAAUGCACCCAGAGGUCCAUCUUCCGCCCGCCAACUUUCUCAGACGUUCAGUUCUACCUUGAAACAGACUUUCGCUUUGAAUGGAUCUGAGUCGGGUUCAUGGUCUCAAUCCAAAAGAUGGACAAGCUUUGCUACAAAGGAACGGCAGGCGUUUCAGAAGAUGAUGGCCAAUCUGCGUUACAUGAGCGCUGACCAGUCUCCAUUUGUUCCUCAGAGCCCAGUAGAGCUGACAGCUUUCAAGGCAAAUCUGGCAGAAUCAAAGACGAGGAAGCUCGAUCAAGAGGUUAAGCAACGUCUAGCAAAGACGAAUGCGAGCGUCGCUGAAGACGUGGGGACUCAAUUCAAACCUCUUGUGAAGCUCCUCCGGGGGAAGAAUUUUGCCGAUUGUCUUUCCCCGGUGUUCGCAGCUAGCAAUUGCUUCAGCACAUCACGGAAUCAGCCACCUUAUGGUGCUGGAUGGCCAACCCUCGCCGAAUUCAAGGAAGAGGGAGACAAACGCUCCAGUCGACAGGGCCGGUGCCUGCCUCUUCCAAGGCUGCAUCUCACUUUCUGCACAUCAUCUUCAGAAAUAUCUGCGGCUUGCAGUUCUGAGGGGGCAAUCCGUAACGACAAGAGAACUGUUCAAGUUGGAUCACAUUAUCUUUGUCCUGUGACGCCAGAAGAGCCUCCUAUUGCCCCACCGAUCGAGCUGCAGUCAGACGAAGCCCCUUUCAUUCCCGCUACACUUCUUCAAUCCAUAAAUGCAACCGAAGAUGACGCGGAAUGGACGGAAGGGGACAACGAGAAGUGUGAUAGGACAGGAGCUGGGGAGAAGGCCGAGGGAAAAGGAGCAAGAGAUUGA